AUGCCUUCCGCAACUGAAAACGGUACAAACGGCGCCACAAAUGGCACAUCCAACUACGGCAUCCCAGCAUCUUGCCCCUCCUGUCCAGAGCCUCUCAAAUAUUCUGGCACUCUUGAUCAAUACCCUUAUUUCGAAGUUACUCCCAUCAUUGGUCGCGAAUACCCUACCCUGAAAGUGACCGAUAUCCUGAGGGCUCCCAAUGCCAAAGAGCAAAUCCGUGAUCUCGCUAUCAUUAUUUCCGAGCGGGGGGUCGUAUUCUUCCGGGAUCAAGGUGAUCUGAAUGUGCCGGACCAGAAGAAGUUCUGUGAUUUAUUGGGGAAGCUGAGCGGGAGGCCAGAAGAGAAUGGAUUGCACGUCCACCCAAUUUACCGAGAUCCUGGGAAUUUGAAGCUACCGGACGGGACUACGGACGAGAAUAUUGCAAGUUACGUGAUCAACUCUGAUGCGCAGAAGAAGAUUUACAAGACCAUGGCGAAGAGACAAACAGAUGAACCAAGAGAUCUGUCGAGGGAGUGGCACAGCGAUUCGACCUUUGAGAAUGUUCCCUCAGACUUCAGUUUCUUGAAGAUGGAAGAAACCCCCCCACAUGGCGGCGACACCCUCUGGUGCUCCGGAUAUGAGAUAUACGACCGCAUAUCCCCGCCCUUCCGCUCCUUCCUCGAAGGCCUAACCGCCACCUGCGCGCAACCCGUCUUCCGCUCCGCCGCAGCUGCCGGAAAUUAUGAAGUCAUGUCCCCUCGAGGCUCGCCUUUAAACACCGGUGACGAAUUUGCGCCCUCACACCCUGUCGUCCGCACAAAUCGCAUCACAGGCUGGAAAGCUAUUUUCGCAGGUGUCGGACUUCAUGUCACGAAAAUCAAUGGAGUGUACGCUCACGAAGAUCAGAUGAUUCGAGAUUAUAUUAUGAGGUUGAUUACGAGAAAUCAUGAUUGCAUUGCCAGAAUGAAGUGGACGAAGAAUGCGGCGGCUAUUUGGAAUAAUACUUGUGUUUGGCAUGCUGCAACACCUGACACACACCUCGUCGAGGGAAAUCGAGUAGGUGUGAGGGCUUCCAGUAUCGGCGAAAUUCCAUACUUGGACCCGAACUCAAAGUCAAGGAGAGAGGCGUUGGGUAUACCUAUUGUUUAAAUAUCUCUGAGCAGGUUGUGGAAGCAAAUUGG